AUGAGAGCGGCUGCAGGACCGCCAGCGGCUGGUGCACCUCCACAGGAAGUUCCAAUCGAGCAAGACGAGAGUUGUUACAACCAAAACCCGUGCUGUGCUACAUGGGCUGACCGUGGUGGUUGUACCCAGGACCCAGCACGGAUGAAGCUCAUUUGCGCUGCCAGCUGUGGAGCCUGCACCCCGCAAACUCCUAUUAGUGAUGAUUGCACAGAUCGUCAUCCGCUAUGCUCUGACUUCGCUAGCGCCGGACGAUGCACUUCAAGUGUGAACUUCAUGGCUGAAAACUGCCGAAGAACGUGCAACCUUUGCGGAACACCACGUAGUGCUGGCUGUGCUACACGGCGAUUAUUCUAG